AUGGUCCAGGACAAGAAAUGCACAUGUAAAGUCUAUGACCGCCUACAGAUACCUUGCAGCCACGCCUUGUGUGCUGCAGACAGUUUGGGUCUACCACAUAGUUCUCUCCUCUCAGAAUAUUACAAAACAUCCACGUGGGCCGCAACUUACAAGGAGGUUAUUAACCCGGAAGAUGACCCUGACGACGCCGACUUACCAGAUUCUGUUUUGAGCCUAAUCUUACAUCCCCCAAAUGCAAAAAGACCGCCAGGAAGGCCUCGAGAAAAGAGAAUUCCCUCUAGAGGGGAGUUACGGCCAAACAGAAUCAAGAAAGCAACUCCGAACAAAUGUGGACACUGCCACGGCACUGGUCAUAACAGGUUACGAUGCACUAAUCCAAUUUGA